AUGAUAAACCAAGAGAUAGAAAAGGUGUGUAAGAAAGGCAAGGUUACAGUGAACAAGGGGGAUUUCAAUGUGCAGGUAGCCUGGGAAAAUCAGGUGAGGGAGUUCAAUGGCCGGCACUACAUCUUGGAGAAAGGAAUCACUGGGGACUUUGCACUGGUUAAGGCCUGGAAAGCGGAUCAGACUGGGAACAUUGUGUUCAGGAAAACUGCACGGAAUUUCAACCAACCCAUGUGUAAAGCUGCUAAAGUGACUGUGGUGGAGGUUGAGGAGAUUGUUGACACUGGAGCCUUUGCCCCUGAAGAUGUGCACAUCCCCAGUAUCUAUGUACAGAGAGUCAUAAAGGGAAGCAAGUAUGAGAAGAGGAUUGAGAGACGAACUUUUCGACAGACGGGAAGUUGUAACCCCAAACCGACAACGGAAGCGGACGUCACGAGGGAAAGGAUCAUUCGGAGAGCUGCACUGGAGUUUGAGGAUGGUAUGUAUGCUAACCUGGGCAUUGGAAUGCCAAUGCUGGCCAGCAACUUCAUCCGCCCGGAGAUCACUGUCCAUCUGCAGAGCGAGAACGGUGUUCUGGGAUUGGGUCCAUAUCCACUUGAGGGUGAGGAAGAUGCAGACCUGAUUAAUGCAGGUAAAGAGACGGUGACUGUACUGCCAGGUGCUUCCUUCUUCUCCAGUGACGAGUCCUUUGCCAUGAUCCGAGGGGGACACGUGAAUAUGACAAUGCUUGGUGGAAUGCAGGUUUCGAAGUUUGGUGAUUUGGCCAAUUGGAUGAUUCCGGGUAAGAUGGUAAAAGGAAUGGGUGGAGCCAUGGACCUGGUGGCUAGUGCGGACACAAAAGUGGUGGUUACCAUGGAGCACUCUGCUAAGGGUGGAGCGCACAAGAUCCUGGACAAGUGUACUUUACCCCUAACUGGAAAACGAUGUGUGAAUCGCAUCAUCACCGAGAAGGCUGUCUUCGAUGUUGAUAAGAACAAAGGAUUGACGUUGAUUGAAAUAUUUGAAGGAGUGACUGUUGAAGAGAUUCAGAAAUGUACUGGAUGUGAUUUCAGUGUAUCUACAAACCUCCGACCAAUGUCACAGGUCUGAAGGCAAUGGAGAUCUGACAGAACAGGCUUACACCAAGCCUAGGAAAUCACUAUAAUGUGGUCAGAAUCAGAGAGAGAAAUAAUUCAGUGCCUCAGCUAGACAAGGGGUGAUGGUUUACAUUUCACCAAAUGUUAACAAGUAGUUUUUCAAAUUAUUGUGUUUUUCUAUCACAUGUAUAAGGAUAAUUUCUCUGACUUUGCACUUCCCAAAAGGGCACACGCUCAAAAGGGGAUCCGAAGGCCAACUGUCCGUUGGGUUGUUGCAAAGUCGGUAAAUCUACCAGGAGGAAAAGUCUAAGGGUUUGGAAUGGGACCCAUGCCCCUCCCUCAACAUAUCUCAGCAAGUUCUGAUCGGCUCUUUAAAGGCUGCUGCUGCUGUUCCUCUUUCCAUAGAAAUUACAAUUUGGAAAUGAGCCGUUUGGUCCAUUCAGUUUGUGUUUAUCAGUCAUCCUCAUGCCACAUGCCCUGUUUUGCCCUCUGUAAUGGUGGAAUUAUGAUUCAUGUUCCUCUCCCUGUGUUCUGUAGCCGGCAGCAACACCAAGUCAGAUUUGCCGGAUUUUGAGACUCCGUAUUUAACCAGUUCCUCGCGGCCGUGAGCCCUUGUGGGCCCACAUCUGGCAGAUCUGGUUUAGUACAGCUGCUGACUGGGCGAGAGGGAGACUGCUAGGCCUGACUUGGCAGCACUGACACAGUGUAAAACCGGUAGUGGGGGAAAUCACCCCCCUCGUCAGAGUGUGCAUUGCAAAUCCCAGUACUUUCAUCAAUCUCCAUCCAGGCUCUUCAGCAGCAACCCUGUCAGAAAGCUAACCCUUUCUUGGCAAAUUUUGAAGCAGAAAAUUCUAGAAGCUCUGUGUUUCUAGUGUGUGAAGGAGAAAAGUCCGCUUAGCACGUUGUCUGCAGUUUGAAUUCUGCAGGUUCAAUCGGUCGUCCAGCAUGGCCCCCCCCGCCCCAGAUACUGCAGAACCCCAAGUCCAGCACUCAGGGGCCCUUGAAGCUCAGCCGAGUUUUACAAUCUAAUUCCUUCAGGGCUGUUUUGAAUUUCAGGGUGUGGAAUUUUUGAAAAGGGUUAUUAUUGCCGUUGUUACCCCACAGUCAGAUAAAUCUUAUAUCAGGAACUGCAGGAACUGACCAGCCCAGCUGCUGCAGGCUUCAGCUAUCCUGGGAUUUGUGCUUGAUGGCUGGGAAUUUUCAGCUCCUCUGCCUUAUCGUUUCCCUCCUUUAGUGGCUGCAGGACUGAGGACUGGAGAGAACAGUGAUGAAGAUUCCUGGCCCACACUCAAAAAUUAUAUAGAAAACAUCACCAUCCCUACGCAAGAAGAGUUGGAUGUAAACAGUGCUUUUUUAGAUAAUGAAAGGUGCCAAGGGCUUUGCAGGCACAAGAAUCGGAUCCAGUGACACGGAGCCACAUGUGAUACCAGCAAACAUAACCAGCCUGCCACACCGCUGAACUGGCUGCCUCCCAUGUUUUAGACUUUACCAGUUUUAUUUCUGAUUUCUCGCUAUUUGUAUUUGUGUUCUGUGAACAUCUUUGUAUGUACAGCAGCAUGGAGGGGAUUAUCCAGCUCUGACCUCCCACACCCCUCCCAGCUGAACUAAAUAGCAAUAUACCACACUGAUUAUUCGAGAGAGCCAGUGGUGCCUGCUUAUGUUAAAGGAGGCUUUAAAUUAUUGUGUGCGCGUGUGUGUACGAGUGUACGCGUGUGUGUACAAGCGUGUAUGUGUGUGCGCAAGGUUUUACACUGAUGUCAUCCCUGUAAUUGUAUUAAUAAUAAAUCGUACAGAGCAAUUGGGUUGCUCUGCCUUCCAAACAAAGCCAGCAUUCCUGCCUAUCCCCAGGCGACUGCAGGAAGUACCACAAUGCCCUAUUGGACAUACAUCACUGACACCCCUCACACUGAUGGCCCGGCACAUUUGAGGACCCUUUUUUAGUUAGAUCGUAUAUCCCCUUCCAGUGAAAGAGAAGAGUUGGCAAGUUGCACUCAGGCCCCUGUCCAGCUCAGUUGUCAGGGGCUGUGUGAAGCAAGACCCUGCCCAUCUUUACCUAGCUUUUUUUUCCCGCCCUGUCUCCUCCAAAUAAAAGUGUUAAGGUGAA